AUGGAGGAAGUAAAAAAAGAUGCAAACGUGGAUGUAUGGAUGGCAAACGUCCCCGCGAGCCACGAAUUUAGAGUCAUGACCCAGGAUAAUAGCCGAAAACCUAAACUCGCUGAAAAAUCUCUUCUCCGCCAUUCUUCAACCGAAAAUCCAGAAAAAUAUGUUAAAUACGUAAACACAAACAAACCCUCUACUUCCGAGGAAGUUCCAUUGAAACGUGUACCACUGGCAUUAUUUUGUUCAGUCCAAAAACUGUUUCCUACCGUGCAAUUAAAUACACUGGAUGAAGGGAAAUAUCCAAAAACCACAUAUCGUUUCACGCCGAUUGUGAAGGACGAAGAUAAUGAUAACAUAGAUAAUUCUCUGAGUCAAAUUUCUUUAGGAAAUACGUCAACCAGUGAUGUCUCUCCAAAACAGAAUGUUACAUCGGCUGGUACGGUAGGUUCUUAUACCUCAUAUCAAGGCAGGACCGCAUAUCCAGCUAGGAAUACUGGGAACAUUAAUAUAGAAAAUACAUUUUUUAUACCAAUUGGCCAGUAUCAUAGAAUCGGUAACGACAAUCGCAGGAUUGGCCUCAAAAACACUGGAUCCUCGUGCUAUAUAAAUUGCGUGAUGCAAGUUUUGCUUGCCACUCACAAGUUCAGCACGUUUACCGUCACGAAAAUGUUCUUAUAUCCUUAUUGGGCCGAACUCGCAGAGCUGUUCGGAUCUAUGAUGUUCACUGUGCAUCCCGUUAUAAACCCUAAAAAAUAUUACACAGGACUAAGUUCUCUGUACUUCAACAUUUUUCAAGAACACGAUGUAUCCGAAUUCUUUUUAUAUCUAAUUGAGUUGCUGAGAAGUUUCGAACCUAACUGGGAUAGAGACUGGUCUGAUGAGGCCCGAUCUUCUACAUCGUCUGAAGUACGGGAUCGCGCCGUGGCUGGAUGUUCUUAUCAGGCACCCGAAGCUAAAACUAAACAAAGACCAAAAAUUAUUGGUUUCGACGAGUCUAGAAAGUUCUUUGUGAAUAAUAUGUUCGGUGGUGUUGUCGCUACUUCAGUGAGAUGCGAUGUGUGCAGUAACAUUUCAAACAGAUAUGAAUUGGUAUAUAUGUUGCAUCUGUCGAUUCCCGAUAUGAUGUGUGACGAAGUACUUACGACCCAGAUGCUUUUGGAUAAUCAUUUCACCUCUGAAACCCUGUCAGGGGCGAACAGCUAUAUGUGCAAUACAUGUCGAUGCCAACAGAACGCUCAAAAGUCCACGAUUGUCGUUUACACACCAAAACAUUUAAUACUAACACUGAAAAAUUUCAGUUAUGACCCGAAAUUGCGCGCAUCAAGUAAGAAAAAUUCAAAGAUUCGUUGCGAAGAAACUAUAACAUUGCAUUCUAGUACGAAGCAGAAGGACCGCAAUAUUUAUGUGCUGUACGCUGUGAUAGUUCACCAUGGACAAUCUCUCAGGACUGGACACUACACCGCGUUAACAAAGUACCGCAAUCAGUGGUAUAUGAUUAAUGAUUCUGAAAUCAACACUAUAAACUUUAAUGACAUGAAUCGUCUUAAAAACAACGAAACACCAUACAUGCUAUUCUACAGAAGAGCAGACAUUAAAGAAGGGUCGUUCCCUGAAUAUGACAAAAUACCAUGGUUCUCGCGAUACGCAGAAAACCAGCCCGAUGGUUCGAGUAAUAAAUAA